AUGGAAAACGGGUCUCACCAGGGAUGUGCUUUUCACGACGGUGCGUCCACAGAAAGCGAAGGGGUGCGCUUCAUACGCCUACGAGAAGAUGCUGAAAUUGGGAAGGAAAUUCUAACAAUAAAAGCAUAUCCACGUUCAAAACUCUCCCUACAAUCUCCCGAUAAUACGGGCGAUCAUAAAUAUUUUGCCAUACAUGAAUAUAAUUUAACCGCCGUUGUGGUGACCCUGACACGGUCCCUUGAAGACCUUGUCGAUCGAGAUGUGCCAAGAAAUCUAUUAAAAUUUCGCAUUGUUUGUGCAGCGAAAAAUGAGAAACUCGAGGAGGGCAGUUACCUAUCGGUGACGGUGUACAUUGAAGAUGUCAACGAUAAUAAACCGGAAUUCCUAAAUACCCCCUAUAUUGUAGAUAUUAAAGAGAAUACACCACCAGGAACAAUUGUGUUCGAAGGCAUACAGGCCUUUGAUAGAGAUAAGCCAAAUACCCCAAAUUCGGAGGUGCAUUUUAGUAUGUCAACAGUGCCAGAACAGUUAUCAGCGGAUGGUAGUCCAUAUUUUGCUCUCAAGUCACCGCAUCGUCCGUUGUUGAUAUUGAAAAAGGAAUUGGAUUUUGAUAAUGGUAUACGGCUGUUUAAAUUGCCUUUGUUCGCCUGGGAUCGUGGUACACCAGCGAAUCAGGUGAAUACCACCAUCACGAUAAAUGUCAAAGAUGUUGAUGAUCUGCCACCGAAAUUUACCGAGGGUGUUUAUCGUUCGAAAAUUGAUGAAUUUUAUCCAAUGACGGGAGUGCCUAUCAGAAUACCCUUGUACUUCAAUCCACCCAUUAUGGCCUUUGACCAGGACUCCUUGAAUGCAUCCUUGGUGUAUGAUAUCAUUUCGGGAAAUGAGCGGAAACUGUUUCGUGUUAAUCCGAAUAAUGGAAUUGUAUAUCUGCAAAAGGAAAUCGAUUUGGAGGAAGAAAGUCUGCCGGGUAAUACAUUCGUGUUACAAAUUGAAGCUCGUCAAAAGGAUAAUCCGCUGAGAAAGGCUUUAGCAAG